CCAAAACAGCAGACUACCAUAUUAAACUACCAUGUUCUUUCGGUGACAAAAUGACAAAACAUCCGCCGACGAAGGAGAAGUUAACUGGGUGUUCUGGUUUUAGUUCGAGCUUUGUUGAGCUCGGAUCUGAUGAGCUCCCACGUUCUGGUAGGAAAGUCAGCCUGCGGACACUAAGCAUCUCCAGCCAUGUAUCACAACAGCUCCCAGAAGAAAUACUGGACUUUUGAAAAUGAGGCAGCCUUGGAAGAAUUGCGACAAGAGGCUAACCAGAAGUUUCGCUCAAAAGCCCUCAGUCUCAGAAAGCCCGGAAUAAAUGAUUCCAUAUUUCUUGAUCCCCAUGAAGAGAAAGUGCUUUUCAAGCAUUAUGAGAAGAGAUUGCUGGACUUCUGCUCAAUAUUCAAACCUGCGAUGCCCAAAUCUGUGGUGGGUACAGCCUGCAUGUAUUUCAGAAGAUUUUAUUUAAACAACUCUUUAAUGGAGUACCACCCAAGGACAAUUUUGCUGACCUGUGCAUACCUGUCCUGCAAGGUGGAUGAGUUUAAUGUUUCCAGCACUCAGUUUGUGGGGAAUCUUCAGGAGAAUCCAGCAGCUCAGGAGAGGGCGCUGGAACAGAUCCUGGAAUACGAGCUGCUCCUCAUUCAGCAGCUCAACUUUCACCUGGUGGUGCACAACCCCUAUCGGCCCAUGGAAGGAUUCCUCAUAGACCUGAAGACGAGAUAUCCACUGUUGGAAAACCCAGAAGUGCUGAGGAAGAACGCAGAUGAUUUCCUCAACAGAGCCGCAAUGACGGAUGCUGGGCUUCUUUUCUCACCCUCGCAGAUUGCCCUGACCGCUGUGCUGAACAGUGCAGCUCGUGCUGGCCUCAACAUGGAAACAUACCUUACUGAGUGCAUGGGGCUAAAGGAUAACAAGGAGACCCUCUCAAAGAUGUAUGAUGCCAUGAGGCGAAUAACAAUUCUCAUUAAGGAAUAUGAGCUUCCCAGAACAGACGAAGUGAACAUCUACAAACAGAAACUGGAGAGGAUUCAUGCUGAAUGCGCCCCAAACACAAAUUUGAAAAGAAAGCAUGGCUAUGAAGAUGAUGACCAUGUUGUGAAAAAGCCCCUUGUUACUGAGGAGGUAAGUCAUGACUUCUGGACCUCCCUCAGUUCCCUUGGAACAAUCUUCAUCUGUCAUAUGGUGUCUAAUGAAAGCUUAUCAUCUGUAGGAGUGGACUGAUGAAGACCUGGAUGUUUUGUGACGAGAAUACCUUGUCUUCUCAGGAAAAAGCUUUAUUUUAUGAAGACACAUUCCUGAGUUUGACAGUUUUACACAGCUACUUAAUCCACGAGUGAAGGGUAAAGCCAGCCUUUCUGAUUUUGCCACUUAGUCCUACAGACACAUUGUGUGGAGUUUUUUUUUGUGUUUUGUAAAUACCUAGACAAUAUUUGUUGUCUUGUUAUGCUGAUUUAUUUACUUUACUGAAAAUAAAAUUUUUGUACUUAGUUUCAUAUGAAAUGUUCUUUAAAAUGGUUCACAAGAAACAUAGUUAGUUACAAGAAUGUAGAAAUGCUUGGACAUUAGAAGACAAGAAAGACUUUAAUUUCUCAGAAAUUACACUUCCUUUACACUUUACGCCCAAUCUGAGAAAGAAGUCAGUCAGUACUUUAUAAAAUGUUUAAUAAGUGCAUGCAUUCCUGAUACAGUCUGUACUAUAAUAAUUUUUACUGCUGUAAACAUUUUAUUUAUUCUUCCCCUGAGAACAAGUCUGGCUUUUCAGUUAAUCUCAGGGAAGACUGAACCAAUCAAAAAUAUUGCAGGGAAUGGGGGGAGUGGAUUUACUCAAAUUAUAUACUCAUGAUUCCAGCAAGAGAAUUUAUUGUUCUGAUAUAAAAUAAUCAUACUCUCUUUAAAA